GAGAGAGAGAGCGCGAAUGCGAAAGGCCAAGGGAGGGCCAGGCGAAGGGUGGCUGGGGUUCCCAAGCAGGCAGGGAGCAGCCAGCGGAGGGCUGCCGGACCGUCGCAGUCCCUUCCACGCCUAACCGUCCUUAGGGUCAGCCUGCGCUUUCCUACGACGCAGCCAGACAGGGAGGGCCAAGCAGAGGAGAGAAGGAGCGAGGGAAGAAGGGAGAGGAGGGAGGAGGGAAAAGUGUUCGGCGGAGCGGUAGCGUCUUCCCGCCUGGCCCUGUCCUCCCCGACCCUGGUCCCCGCUCCCGUCCGGGCGCGAGCUGCCCCUCGGCGCCGGGGGGGUGGCGGGGGGCGCGGGGACCGGGCGCGGGGACGGCUCCCGCGCCGGCACAUGGCUGCGGCCGCCCCGCGCGCACCCCGAGGCGCCGCGCCCGGCUCGCCCGAGGUCCGUCGGCUGCGCCCCGCCGGCCCGGAGCCCAGCAGCGGCUGAGCGGGGGAGCGCCCGCGCCCGGGGCGUCGGGAUGAGCCUCCUCCUCCUCCUCCUCUGCCUAGUGUCCUACUAUGUUGGAACCUUGGGGACUCACACUGAGAUCAAGAGAGUGGCAGAGGAAAGGGUCACCUUGCCCUGUCACCAUCAACUGGGGCUUCCGGAAAAAGACACGCUGGAUAUCGAAUGGCUGCUCACCGACAACAAAGGGAACCAAAAAGUGGUGAUCACUUACUCCAGUCAUCAUGUCUACAGUAACUUGACUGAGGAACAGAAGGGCCGAGUGGCCUUUGCUUCCAAUUUCCUGGCAGGAGAUGCUUCCCUGCAGAUUGAGCCCCUGAAGCCCAGUGAUGAGGGCCGGUACACCUGCAAGGUGAAGAAUUCAGGGCGCUAUGUGUGGAGCCACGUCACCUUAAAAGUCUUAGUGAGACCAUCAAAGCCCAAGUGUGAGUUGGAAGGAGAGCUGACGGAAGGAAGUGACCUGACUCUGCAGUGUGAGUCAGCCUCUGGCACAAAGCCCAUCGUGUAUGACUGGCAGCGAGUUCGGGAGAAGGAGGGAGAGGAUGAGCAUCUCCCUCCCAGGUCCAGGAUUGACUACGAUAACCCUGGACGCGUUCUGCUGCAGAAUCUCACCAUGUCCUCCUCUGGGCUCUACCAGUGCACAGCAGGCAACGAGGCGGGGAAGGAAAGCUGUGUGGUGCGAGUGACGGUACAGCAUGUACAAAGCAUCGGCAUGAUUGCAGGAGCAGUGACAGGCAUGGUGGCUGGAGCCCUGCUGACAUUCCUCCUGGUAUGGCUGCUAAUCCGAAGGAAAGACAAAGAGAGAUAUGAGGAAGAAGAGAGACCUAAUGAAAUUCGAGAAGAUGCGGAAGCCCCGAAAGCCCGCCUGGUGAAACCUAGCUCCUCUUCCUCAGGCUCUCGCAGCUCACGCUCUGGUUCUUCCUCCACUCGCUCCACAGCAAAUAGUGCCUCACGCAGCCAGCGGACACUGUCGACGGAAGCAGCACCCCAGCCGGGGCUGGCCACCCAUGCAUACAGCCUGGUGGGGCCAGCGGGGAGAGGUUCUGAACCAAAGAAAGUCCACCAUGCUACCCUGACCAAAGGAACCACACCUGGCAUGAUCCCCAGCCAGAGCAGAGCCUUGCAAACCGUCUGAAUUAGAGUGGACUUGACUCCCAUGCUUUCCUAGGAGUCAGGAUCUUAGGACUCUUCUAGUCAUUGAAGCUCAGUCACCAGCCACACAACCCCCUGGAACCAGAUGACCGGUCAUUUAAGUAGCGGUGAGCAUUGCGUGGAAUGGAUUGAAAUGAGCACUUUCUUUCUAGGACACUGAACAAGAAAAAGGAUGUAAACUGCUCAUCUCCAAAAAGGCAUCUCGUGGUGCCUUGAGACCAGAGUGGGGAAAAGCGGGGGUCCAACUCUGUGUGUUUGUUGGCCAGGACCUGUGGUGGAAAAAGUUGGGGAAAGGGGAACUGAACACUUAAAACUUCUCACCGGAAAUGUUUUGUAUCAAUACUUUGAUUCACCAUAGUCAAGGGGAAAUGAGGUGGUGUUCAUAAAUUUUCUAUGCAUUUCUGCAAA